CUUUUGUAAAAACUAAUAAUAGCAACAAAAGUAAAAAUGGCGUUUGUUUCGUCUCCCUUUCCAAUAGUAACACUGGCAUCGUUCACCGGUAACAUACAUAGUCAAGUGUGCAACGAUACACUCGAGGUUGAAUGCUGUCAGGCGUUUCUGGAGAAACAUACCGCGGUGGUAUCCUUGGGCCCUUGGCGUGGCCACUAACGGACGCAGAGGUCUAUGCCAGUCAGCAACUGGCCCGCGACUACUGCCGCUCUGCUAACGACUGCGCCCACUGCCUGCUGAACCUAACGGUCCGUUGUGCCCAUGAUCCGACAUUUCUGCAGCACCUCCAGCAAAACAGCGUUCCGUACAAUGCGGAAAUAACCGGCGUCAUGGCAACCAUGUGCCAGCUGUCCGUUGAUCCCCUCCGCUUCGUGCGCGCUAUCGAACACUGCGAGGAACAACGUCCCGAGUUUGUGCUCGAGGUGCUUCACGAGGACCGAAGUGUGUUAGCCGCUAACUCACACGACGCCAUCAGCGCCAGGCGCAACGUCUGCAAAAAACUGCACGGGAUUGCCACCGGACUGGAUGAGGAGGAAGCUAAAGCGGAGUUGACGAAGAAAUGCGGAUUGGAAGCGGUGAAGGCGAUGCAUGAUACUUAUCAGCGACCGAACGAUAUCCACUGCACGAUGACUAAUGCAGCUUUUCCUGCGAUGAGAUGGCAGCUGCCAUAUUUUGCUUUGCUGACUGCGCUCAUAUUGUUCAAGCCUAUUGCACGGGAGCAUAAUACUGUAGUGGCUCGCACAUCUUGUACCACAGAGUUGGUGUACGGGAAAAAUGUGCAUCCAAUAUACACACUCUAACCGGGCAAAACGCACGAUUCCCAGUUGGCGUGCAUUGAUAAAUUUCUGAUGUUUCUCAACUUCUGGUCUGGAGAACCUUCUUGAAUAUUAAAAAAAUUAGAGCUCUAAUAAUUAUUAAUUAAAUUUAUGCUCAAAAGCAGCCAUUAACUUAAAUCUUUGCUGUCAGCUCGAAUUCAAACACUGAUUUGUUGUGGUUUUUGGGGUGCCCCUGCAGAGUGAGGGGUACGUUCAGCAAUCAGCGUCAACAUUCUACAGCUACAGAACAAUUCGAGUUCUCAGAUACAGAGCUUCUUUUCUAAGGUGAAUUACAAUUUUAAAGAAAAUGUUUGAUUCUGGACAGAUUCAGAAGGAGAGUUCAUCUUGAAGUCAAAUCAAGCAUUAUUUCGUAGGCGUGCAUUUU